AUGUGCCUGCGAGUGCGCACGGUGCCCAGCCCGGGUGCGCAGAGCCCGCCGCUCGCCCGUGUCCAAGGUCCCCCAGGCUCAGCCCUGCGGUGGGGCGACGCUGGGAUCCCCUGGCGCCUGCGGCUACUGUCAAUACCCUCUUGGACCUCUGCCGAGAGGGACCCGAAUCCCCGCCCGCGGCGCUGCGGUUUCCUUCAGCUCGGACGCCCCGCACCCCGCGCGCAGCGAGGUCGCGAGACAGAGAUCCGCUCCGUCUUGCCCUGCCCGGUUCUCUCCCCCGAAUUUCGCCGCCCCCCGCCCCGGCUCCAGGUAACUGUCCCCGCAGGGGCGAAAGCUGGGGGCGCCUUCCCCGCCCGGGGAACGCGGCGCGGGGCCUGCAGUAGUUGCGUCCCACCCCCGUCCCUGCUUGGCACGCAGGCCCCCUCCCGAGCGCCGCGCGGCCCCUUCCCAGGCACCUCCGAGGGUUCCCCGAGGCCUCGGCUGGGAGCCUUGCACCGGCGCCCGGGGCCCACCCCGCGCGCCCCGUCCCGCCCGGGCUCCGGCUCCCACCUGAGCGCCUGUCCUCUGCUGCAGCAGCCUCCUCCCGACACGCCGCCGCCUCCAGUUACUGCACCCAGCCCGGCGCCCGCAGUUUUCACCCGGGGUGGGAGAGGAGAGGCAGGGAGGGCCCGGGGCUCGGCCAAUCAGAGGCGGUGGGGGGGCGGGGAAGGCAGGGAGGGAGGGGCGGCGACCAGGUUUUGGUGUGGGAGAGCGGCGGUCUGCAGCAGAAGGGGGACCUCACCCUGGGACUGGCAGGCCUGGCCAGGGACGCGGGAGGGUUCAGCGCCCCGGCAAUCGGGGGUGGGGGGCAGCGCAGGGAACGCUGGCCGCUUCCCAGAGCCCCGCAGUGCUCGCUCCCUCUUAACCAGAACUGAUGACGUGUCUCUCCCAUCCACAGGGCUUGUCUGUCUCCUCCUCCUCUGCCUGGUGAAACCCUACACGUUCCUAGGCUCAGCUCAGAUGUCUCGUCCAUGGCUCAACAUCUCUACUUCAUCCAGCUGCUCAGCCACAGCCACUCCUGCCAAUGGGAGCCUCAACCAGACAUCCUUGCGAAGCAAGCCCUUACAUGGACAAUGGCUGGAUUAUCCAUGGUUUCAGGUCAUUUCCAGCAGGAUGGGAGUCGUGUCUGAUCUCCUACACCUUGUAGGGCCCUUUGCACAUGCAGGUGCCCAGAGCCCAGGCACCAGGAAUGGUCUACAACCAGGAAGCCUGCCUCGUGAUGGUCAUGGGUGUGGCUCCACCCUGGCUCUCCACUCGCCUCCGGUGCUGGCCUCCACUGCAGUGACUGUCAUCCAGGGUCCUGUGUCCCGGAGGUGAUGACGGUGGCGGUGACGAAGAUGACUGAUGAUGACACUAAGCAGUGUCUUUGGCACCCAAGCUCUUGUGUGAUUGACUCACCAAGUCACCCAUCUACCCACCCCCCAGGUCCGCCCUCCUCUCUUAGGCCUCUCCUCGUCCUCAUGACUGACAUCUGGAUGGCCUCUGCCUCCACCCUGGGAGCUCUGAGAAUCUCCUGUGUAACUUGUCGAAACUCUACCCAUCUGGGCCUCAGCCCUGGACGUCUGACACUAUUGGCCUGGGGUGAGGCCUGGACAUUUGAUUUUGAAAAUCCCCAGGAGAUUCUAGCAUGUGUUAAGAGUUUAGUCCUCCAGCUCAGUGGAGCUUGUGAUGUACAUGAUGAUGUCCUGGGGCCUGUUCUUGAGCCAAGCAAGGCUAGCCUGUGCCGUUCCAAGUGAGGAGCUCAGCUUGGAUGAAAUGGGGCUAGAGGGGCUUGUCUGAGGCUACGGGCAACGGUGUGAAUGCUGGGGGAAGGGGUGGCCGGAAGAGGCAGUGCAUGGAGCUUCUCAUUUUGGAGUUUGUGGUGGGAGUGGGGAGUGGGAAUUGGCCUGGUCCUGCCGUUAAGCCCAUAAACCAGGGGAGAAAACAGGUUUGGGGCCGCAGAAGCCAGUACCAAAGUGGAGCCUGCUUUCCAGAAGUGCCCAGCUGCAGGGGCCUGGCAGAGGUGGUUCCUGGAGCAGUGUCCCUCCUCCAGAUUUCAGAGGCCUUCCCUCCCCCACCUUUUCCCUCAACCUACCUGCUUCCCAUUCUUCAAAAGCAUUGCAGAGACCACCUGUGAUACUGGGAUUUAUAAGAAGCAUGUAUUCGAUGUUCAUCCCUGUUCCUGGCACAGAGCUCCCAAAGUCCUUGGCAUUUCCUAAGAGAUAAGGGGGUUAAAGGUGUCUUGAUAUUCAUGAGAAGUCCCUUCUAAUCACACCUGAGUUGAUGUUAAUGCGGUAACGCUUGGAAAACCCCUAAAGAUGGGUGGUGCCUGCCAGGGAGCCAGUGGCAUGAUUCUAAGUUAGAACUUUCAGCUGCACUCUGACCUCUGGGGAGUGGGGAGGGCCUGGAGAUUGAGUUCAAUUACCAAUGGCCAAUAAUGUAAUCAAUCCCACCUAUGUAAUGAAGCCUCCAUAAAAGCCCAAAAGAACGGGGUUCAGAGAGCUUCUGGGUUGGUGAGCACGUGCAGGUGAGGGGAGAGGGGCACCCUGGAGAGGGAAUGGGAGCUCCAGGCCCCUUCUUGCGCUGUGCCCUGUCCAUCUCUUCCAUCGGCUGUCCUGAGUUAUUCCUUAUAUAAUAAGCAGGUACUCCAGAGAGUCAACUAUCCUCAAUUCUGUGAGCUGCUCUAGCAAAUGAAUCGACCCAAGGAGGGGUUUGUGGGAAGCUCUGAUUUAUAGCCAGCCGGUCAGAAGCACAGUAACAAGUUGACUUGUGAUCGGUGUCUGGGUUGGGGCAGCCCUGUGGGACUGAGCCUGCAGCUGGUGGGACCUGACCCUCUCUCCAGGUAGAUGGUGUCACAGGUGAGUUAGCUGCUUGGCGAUGUGGGAAAAAACACACACUGGAAUUGGGCUGAGAAUCACACCACCUUUUGUAAGAAUUCUUCUCUGUGAGCCUGGACUCCGGCGGCUCCAGACGUGGCCCCACCAGCCCAGUUUAUUACCUGGUCACACUGCCCUGUGAGGAAACUGAAACUGGUGUCAGAUCUAGCAUUCCCCAGGAGUUAGUCUGGUGCCAACCCUGUCCCUUGGAUUACCCCUCUUCCUACUGCCCCUGUCACGGCCCUGCCCCUGAGGGCUUUUGGCAUGUGCAUUCUGAUGGUCUGGAUGCUAAGCCUUACUCUGCCGUCUAGGCUUCAGCUCUCCGUGUGCCUCUCCGUAUGCUGCGUAAGUGUGCUGGGCUAGGAUGGGCUCAUUUAGAACAACAUGCUAAAUUCAACUUGGUCGGGAAUACUCUCAACACACCUCGGGUUUGGAGAACUCCUACAUAUUCUUCAAGGCCCAGAGGAGAUGUUACCUUGUCCAUCAAGCCUUUCAGACCUUCCUAGAGUUAACCCUUCCCUUCUGUGCUACCACAGUGUCUUACACCCAGCUCUGCCUCAGCCUGCAGACAGUAUGACACUGGCUAUUUUGGCAUUUGGGGCCCCUGGAGGCUCUGAGUUUUUUGACAGCAGGACUCGGGGUAGGACUAUUACGGUAUCACAGAGGGGCCAAAUGAAUGAAUGAAUGAAUGCAUGCAUGAACAAACAAAUGAAUCCUUCAAUUCAUGAAGUUCAUUCCCUUAACCAUCUGAAACUAGAGUGGGUAAGGUAAAAAGGAGGGAGUGAGGCCUCCAUGGUACCCAAAGAAAAGCUCAGGCCACCCAGUUGUCUUAGUCCUGGGCCCAAAGUCGAGGUAGGGCGAUGGUGGGCGCACCACAAGGGGACCUUAGCCACUCCAGGUGGGUCCAGCCUCCAGGCCAUCCAGCGUCCGGUCCUCUGCUCUGCUGAGGGCAGGGAUGAGGUUUGGGUAGGAGGAACCUAACCAGCAGAAAGUUCUUCCUAAGCCUCACUCAGCUAGAAACCUGUGGGCCCCGGGCUCGUGGUAUCCUGGGGAAGGGGGCCCGGCCUGGCUUUCCAGCCCAGAGAAGAUGGCUGUGCGUGGGACUAAUUGGCUUACCCUCCUUCCGCUGCCGGAGAGGCCUGGCUAAUUUGCCGGAACGCUCUAGUUAAACGCCAAUUAGGACGUUCUGUCCACCGCUCUCUUCCAAUAUAUUAAUAAUGUAAUUAAGCAUUUAUUGCCUGUGCAAAUUAAAAAUAACUUAAACGGACAGCCUGGAAAACUGAGGAAGUGACCGCUUAAACAACCAAUUUGCAUCUCAUUCAAGUUUCAACAUCUAAACACUAGUCUAGGGUGCUGGUUUGGCCUUCAGGGCGGGGCCCAGCAAGCUGCCAACAGCUGCUGGAUUCUCCUUCUCCAGGCCUGAUUCUGGCAGCCCUGGCCUCUCCACCCUGCCCACGCCGAGGUGUGAGGCCAUGGCCUUGCCCCAGAUGAGCAAGAGGACUAUCUGCCAAGUGGCCACCUCAGCUCCCAGCAUCCCUGCCCCCUUUUCUCUGGGGUAUGGUGUGGAUUUCAGUGAAAGGAGAUGCUAUGGGGGUGGCUGGGAGGGGGCAUCCAUGGAAGACCUUGCUACUCCCACCCCAGGAUCGAUUUGUCCUGCAUUCCAGCCCAGGAGAUGGGAAGCAGAUGGUGCCAGCCUGGGGAGGGGAGGUAUCCCAGAGACUAGGAGACCUUCCCUCCGACCAGCCCCCUGGAGGGAUGGGGGGGUGGGUUUACAGAGAGCUUGCAGGGGACGGGGCCCCACGGUAUCUUCGAAAUAGAAGAUGAAAGGAUAAAGUUCCCCAUCUCUUCUGUCCCCAGUCUGUCUAACACGACAGGUGUGACACUGCUGGUUUUCUUCUCCAAACAGCCACCACAGGGGACUUGGCAGGAAGGAUCAGGGCAGCAGGGAGUGGGGUGAGAAUGGAACUGGAGAGGGCCUGCGCGGGACAGAGGGCUGCAGCCAGCACCCGUCCUGGUCUUCUCUGUCAGCCUGGCCUCCCCGGCCCCAUGAACUUGAAGGCCUCCCAGCCUGGGCCUGCAGGGCCAACCCUGCCCCAUGCCGCUGUCCAUGGCCUCCCCACGCAUGUGGAAGAUGUUUCAGUGGCAGCCUGGGAGCUGCAGGUGUGGGGCUCCCACAGGAAGGCGGCUUGUGCAGGGGUCUGUGUGUCUGU